AUGGACCACCUCUGCACACGAUGUGCAAGGCUGAGUCUCAGGGUAAAACCUUCGAGCUCGGCAUUUCUGCCACCGAGCGCCCUUCGAAGAUUUUCUGCCGGGCGCAGCCUCUUAGCAGAUGACGACUCCAAGACCUCGAACAUCAAUGCAAGCUCGUCUGGUCCACGUAUACUUCGUGAGAAGACAGGACCGAAAGGUACUGGUUCGUCACAGCUGGUCCGUGGAUCAGGUGCACCAGCCCAGCGCGGUACGCUCCUGAGACGAACAAGUCCCGGCUCUACCACCGCAGCUCGCGCGGGAGCAGCAAGUACCCCUCCCGGUCAGCGUCCAAGUAUCAACAGAGCCUCAACGUCUGGUUCAAGGCCUUCUCCUCCGGGCCCCAUUCUGCGCCGUACAGCAACGCCUCGCGAUGGCACUUCCACUCGUCCUCCAUUCCAACGCAAUGGACAACGAAGCUCCAAACCCGGUAACGCUCCAGCAGGUCGUGGUACAGGACCUCGAGUCGACAAGCGAAUUCAGCGCCGUGACCAAAGGAAGGCAAGGAAGUCUGCCGAGGAUGAGGAUGGUGACGAUGAUCUUGCCAUCGAGGAAAAAGCAGACCACUGGGUCAACACGGUCAUUGACCCGCCCCCAAAUCCCACCGAGGAGAUCACCUAUACUCCCGGUCAGAAUAUGGCGGUCAAGGACCUUCGAGCAGACUGGCCAAACACACCUCUCUCCGGCACAGGCUUAACAGAGACCGUUCAGCAGCGAAUUGAAUGGCUUGCACAGCGUAUCCCGCAUGGCUACCAAACUCCGGGACAACUCGCAGAACGCUACGUCAAGGGCUACUUUACACGUUUUGAGAGUGAGGAAGAGAAGGCUGAGGUGUUGAAAUUGGCCGCGGAGAUGGCCCAGAAGCGUGCCGACCGUGUCACAGAGCGGAAGAACAUCGAGGCAAAGCCACAUGACAUGUCUUUCAGCGAUGUGGUCUCACGACAGGCAGAGCGCCAGGGACUUGCUGACACGUAUGUCCGUGGCGAGUACCCAACCGUUCAAAAGCAGAAGAUGCCGUUCUUGGACCACGUCGUGGAGAAUCUGAACAACAAUGGUACUUACCAAGGCACGCAGACGAAGCAGUUCAUGAAGACCAUUCGGCGAUUGAUGGUGGCUGGCCAACCUAGCCAAGCCCCCAAACGAGCUUGA